UCCUCCCACAAUGCGGAGCCUACUUCUGCCAGGUGACCAGGACACUGACACUCCCCAUCACUGACCUGGCUGCUACAGGAACGGCGUUCCCUCCAGGAAAACCGAGAUUCUGUCCUCUCCAACUCCAAGCCUCUGGCUCCGGCUCCCACCCCUCAUCUUCUUCCGGGCCUGUCCUUCUCCUGGAACCCAUGCCUUCAGGGCCCCGCUCUCCCACACACGCCCCCUCCUGGGCCUCCCCACCCCCUCAAUCUGCCCUCCACCACCGAGACACCUGGCCAGGGGGCUCCCACCUCCCUGGGAAGGCCCCGGCCCUUCCCCUCUGGUUCCCCGCCACAGCCCCCUUCUCGCUCCCUCUCCUCCCCGCUCCUCUUUUCCAGGCGGCACCGAAGUCCUUCCUACACACACGCUAUUUUUGUACCAUCACUCUCUUCUUCCUCUCCCCUUCCCCCUGCGUUCACUUACUUCCUUCUUUUCCUUCACCUCGGCCCGGCUCUGAAAGGAUCGGGCCCCUCCGGCCCGCACCCAUCCCCAAGAGGGGCCUUCAGCUUUGGGGCUCAGAGGCACGACCUCUUGGGGAGGGUUAAAGGCAGACACCCCCCGACCCCCGCGCCUCCACUCCCCGACUCCUUCGCCGCCUCCAGCCUCUCGCCAGUGGGAAGCGGGGAGUAGACGCGCAGCCAGAAUCCGGAGGCGAGGGGAGGUCGGCCGCAACUUCCCCAGUCCACCUUAAGAGGACGAUGUAGCCAGCUCGCGGCGCUGACCUUAGAAAAACAAGUUUGCGCAAAGUGGAGCGGGGACCCGGCCUCUGGGUAGCCCCGGCGGCGCUUCUAGUGCCUUCCAGCCCUAGCGGGCGGCGCAGCCGCGGCCCAUGGAGCCCGCCGGCCCGGCCCCCGGCCGCCUCGGGCCGCUGCUCUGCCUGCUGCUCACCGCGUCCUGCGCCUGGUCAGGAGUGUUGGGUGAGGAGGAGUUGCAGGUGAUUCAGCCUGAGAAGUCCGUGUCCGUCGCAGCUGGAGACUCGGCCACUCUGAACUGCACUGUGACCUCCCUGAUCCCUGUGGGGCCCAUCCAGUGGUUCAGAGGAGCUGGACCAGGCCGGGAAUUGAUCUACCAUCAAAAGGAAGGCCACUUUCCCCGGGUAACAUCUGUUUCAGAGUCCACAAAGAGAAACAACAUGGACUUUUCCAUCCACAUCAGUAACAUCACCCCAGCAGAUGCCGGCACCUACUACUGUGUGAAGUUCCGGAAAGGGAGCCCCGACGUGGAGGUGAAGUCUGGAGCAGGCACUGAGCUGUCUGUGCGUGCCAAACCCUCUGCCCCUGUGGUAUCGGGCCCCGCAGUGAGGGCCACAGCUGAGCACACAGUGAGCUUCACCUGCGAGUCCCACGGCUUCUCUCCCAGAGACAUCACCCUGAAAUGGUUCAAAAAUGGGAACGAGCUCUCAGACUUCCAGACCAACGUGGACCCCGCAGGAAAGAGCGUGUCCUACAGCAUCCGCAGCACAGCCAGGGUGGUGCUGUCCCGCAGAGACGUUCACUCUCAAGUCAUCUGCGAGGUGGCCCACGUCACCUUGCAGGGGGACCCUCUUCGUGGGACUGCCAACUUGUCUGAGGCCAUCCGAGUUCCACCCUUCUUGGAGGUUACUCAACAGUCCAUGAGGGCAGACAACCAGGUGAAUGUCACCUGCCAGGUGACGAAGUUCUACCCCCAGAGACUACAGCUGACCUGGUUGGAGAACGGAAACGUGUCCCGGACAGAAAUGGCCUCAGCCCUUCCAGAGAACAAGGAUGGCACCUAUAACUGGACGAGCUGGCUCCUGGUGAAUGUGUCUGCCCAUAGGGAUGAUGUGAAGCUCACCUGCCAGGUGGAGCAUGACGGGCAGCCAGCGGUGAACAAAAGCUUUUCCGUGAAGGUCUCAGCCCACCCGAAGGAGCAGGGCUCAAAUACCGCCGCUGAGAAUACUGGAACUAAUGAACGGAACAUCUAUAUUGUGGUGGGCGUGGUGUGCACCUUGCUGGUGGCCCUACUGAUGGCAGCCCUCUACCUCGUCCGAAUCAGACAGAAGAAAGCCCAGGGCUCCACUUCCUCUACAAGGUUGCAUGAGCCUGAGAAGAAUGCCAGAGAAAUAACCCAGGUACAAUCCUUGGACACAAAUGAUAUCACAUAUGCAGACCUGAACCUGCCCAAGGGGAAGAAGCCCGCUCCCCGGGCCGCGGAGCCCAACAACCACACAGAGUAUGCCAGCAUUCAGACCAGCCCGCAGCCCGCAUCGGAGGACACCCUCACCUACGCUGACCUGGACAUGGUCCACCUCAACCGAACCCCCAAGCAGCCGGCCCCCAAGCCCGAGCCAUCCUUCUCAGAGUAUGCCAGCGUCCAGGUCCCGAGGAAGUGAAUGGGACCGUGGUUUGCUCUAGCACCCAUCUCCACGUGCUUUCUUGUCCCACAGGGAGCCGCCGUGAUGAGCACAGCCAACCCAGUUCCCAGAGGGCUGGGGCGGUGCAGGCUCUGGGACCCAGGGGCCAGGGUGGCUCUUCUCUCCCCACCCCUCCUUGGCUCUCCAGCACUUCCUGGGCAGCCACGGCCCCCUCCCCCCACAUUGCCACACACCUGGAGGCUGAUGGUGCCAAACCAGCCAGGGAACCGACCUGGGAAGUGGCCAGAACUGCCUGGGGUCCAAGAACUCUUGUGCCUCCGUCCAUCACCACGUGGGUCUCGAAGACCCUUGACUGCCUCCCCGAUGCUCCGAAGCCUGAGCUUCCAGGGUGGCCCCCUGACCACCACCACCACCACCCCCACCCAACUGGGGCUUAACGGGGGAAGAUUUCCCCUUUAGAUCAAACUGCCCCUUCCAUGGAAAAGCUGGAAAAAAAUCUCUGGAACCCAUAUCCAGACUUGGUGAGGUUGCUGCCAACAGUCCUGGCCUCCCCCAUCCCUAGGCUAAAGAGCCAUGAGUCCUGGAGGAGGAGAGGACCCCUCCCAAAGGACUGGAGACAAAACCCUCCGCUUCCUUGGGUCUCUCCAAGACUCCCUGGGGCCCAACUGCGUUGCUCCACCCAGACCCAUCUCUCCCUUCUAGACCUGAGCUUGCCCCUCCAGCUAGCACUAAGCAACAUCUCGCUGUGGACGCCUGUAAAUUACUGAGAAAUGUGAAACGUGCAAUCUUGAAACUGAGGUGUUAGAAAACUUGAUCUGUGGUGUUUUGUUUUGUUUUUUUCUUAAAACAACAGCAACGUGAUCUUGGCUCUCUGUCAUGUGUUGAAGUCCAUGGUUGGGUCUUGUGAAGUCUGAGGUUUAACAGUUUGUUGUCCUGGAGGGAUUUUCUUACAGCAAAGACUGAGUUCCUCCAAGUCCCAGAACCCUAAGAACGGGCAAGAAGGAUCAGGUCAGCUGCUCCCUGGAGACACUUAGCCUUCUGACUGGGACUGACUUGGCCAAGUUCUCAGCCAAGCCACGCGGCUGGUACUGCAGCCUUCUGUGACCCCGCCGUGGUAAGUCCAGCCUGCUGAGGGCUGCCUCUUGACAGUGCAGUCUUGUCGAGACCUAACGCCUCAGUCUGCUCAUCCGUAAAGUGGGGAUAGUGAGGAUGACACCCCUCCCCACCACCUCUCAUAAGCACUUUAGGAACACAUAGUAAAGGGUAGGGAGAGUGGCCCUGGCCGUCUGUCCUACCCCUUUAGUGUCCACCCCCAUCCCGGCUUUCCAAGCUGAUCCUUGAAGAAGAAAUCUUCCAUUUCUGUGCUCAAACCCUACUGGGAUCAAACUGGAAUAAAUUGAAGACAGCCAGGGGGGUGGUACAGCUGUGAAGCUCGGGCUGAUUCCCACUCUGUCCCAGAAGGUUGGCCAGAGGGGUGACCCAGUAUUCAGUCUUCACUAUAACUCUUAAGAGUUGAGACGCUAAUGUUCAUGACUCCUGGCCUUGGGAUGCCCAAGGGAUUUCUGGCUCAGGCUGUAAAAGUGAGAAGCUGAGCCAUCCUGCCCAUUCCUGAAGGUCCUACAGGUGGAACUGCAGGAGCUCAGCACAGACCCAGCUCUCUGGGGCCUGGUCACCUGGUGAUUUCAAUGAUGGCAUCCAGGAAUUAGCUGAGCCAAUAGACCAUGUGGACAGCUUUGGCCAGAGCUCCCGUGUGGCAUCUGGGAGCCACGGUGGCCCAGCCACCUGGCUCGGGCUAGUUCCAAAUUCCAAAAGAUUGGCUUGUAAACCUUCAUCUCCCUCUCUUCUACCCAGAGAUAGCACAUACGUGUGCACAUGCAUGCACACACACACAUUCAGUAUUUUAAAAGAAUGUUUUCUUGGUGCCAUUUUCAUUUUAUUUUAUUUUAAUUCUUGGAGGGGGAAAUAAGGGAAUAAGGCCAAGGAAGAUGUAUAGCUUUAGCUUUAGCCUGGCAACCUGGAGAUUCCACAUACCUUGUGUAUUGAACCCCAGGAAAAGGAAGAGGUCGAACUGACCCUGCGGAAGGAGCAUGGUUUCAGGAGUUUAUUUUAAGACUGCUGGGAAGGAAACAGGCCCCAUUUUGUAUAUAGUUGCAACUUAAACUUUUUGGCUUGCAAAAUAUUUUUGUAAUAAAGAUUUCUGGGUAAUAAUGAGU